CGCCCCGCUUUGUUACUGUGGAAACCGACGAGAUUGAUGAGUGCGGGUUAAACAGAUGGUCACUCGGCUAGCUGGCAAAGGUUAGCCAGACUGCUAAAAAAAAAACUGAGAGUUUUGUUGUCACGUUGUCGGAAAAUGUGUACACAGCGCGGAGCGGCUUUCACUUUGAGCGGAGUAAAAUCUCAGGUUGCUGUGUGACUGGGUCUUUGCCAAGAAGUUUCCACACACUUUGACCCCCCCCGACAUGUGGGGAAGUGCACUUACAUGCACGCACACGGGCUUCUGCUGACCCACGCUGUAAAUCUUACACAGUACAAAUAGUGCAUGCAAACAACGUCCACCACACACUAACCAGCCACAGCGAGCACAUUCACAGACCUAUCCUAACCCCCUACUCAUAGCUUACCACAACACAGCCACUGGAACCCCACCUCUUCAGCUCCUGCCAGCUCCUCCCCUCGAAAUACCUUUUGGAGCUGCGUAGAUCUUCUUGCUGCUGAAUUUUGAAAUUGUGCAAACACCAGUGAGGGACACCAGCGCUUUGCCACUGAGCUACUGAGCCAUGCCAUCUGGACAUAUAUCAGCAUGAUGGCCUUGUGACAAAAUGUAUGGAAUACAUUUUUACCACAUCCAUUUUUGGACACGUUAAUCUCAGUAUAAUGACGAUUCCUGCCUCCUCCUCAGUUAUUUGCAGUUCUUUGGCUUUGAAACCAGAAGGUGCUGUCCAGCAGAGAUGCUCACUGAUUAAACGUUCUGGAUAUCUUCUGCUUCUCUUGCACAGUGAGUGAUCAACAUGAAAACGUAGACACGGCAUGUUCUAUUAGUACAUAAUAAAGUACAGUUUUGCCAGUAUACACAUGAAAAUAGUUUUUAUUGGUAUACACUGACAUAUACCAAACAUCUAGCAAAAUAAAUGGAUCCUCUGAAGUCAAACCAGACUGUAAUGGGAGGAGAAACACAUGAGAUGGAGGCUUCUAGCCUUCCGGAGAAUACAAAAUCUAUGGAAGAAGUUGAAGAGAGUGAGAAGGAGGUGGAGGAGGAGGGCAGAACUAUGCAGAUCCCUAUGCAUCGCUGGGUAAUGCAUGGAGCAGUGAUGUUUGGACGCGAGUUCUGCUACGCCAUGGAAACAGCCCUGGUGACACCGGUGCUGCUGCAGAUAGGUCUUCCUGAGCAAUAUUACAGUUUGACCUGGUUCCUCAGUCCUAUCCUCGGUCUCUUCUUCACACCUCUGAUUGGCUCUGCCAGUGACCGAUGUACUCUGCGAUGGGGCCGAAGGAGACCAUUCAUUCUGGCCCUGUGUGUAGGUGUGCUGCUGGGAGUAGCGCUGUUUUUAAAUGGAUCAUUAAUAGGCCUUUCCAUUGGUGACACUCCCAGCAACCAGCCAAUUGGUAUCGUCCUUACUGUACUUGGUGUUGUGGUGCUGGACUUCUCUGCCGAUGCCUCUGAGGGACCAAUCAGAGCUUAUCUCCUUGAUGUUGCUGACACAGAGGAGCAAGAUAUGGCUCUCAAUAUUCAUGCCUUCUCUGCUGGGCUCGGUGGAGCAGUGGGUUACAUGCUGGGUGGUCUAGACUGGACUGGCACAGCUCUGGGGCGAGCAUUUAAAUCUCAGGAACAGGUCCUCUUCCUGUUUGCAGGCGUCAUCUUCAUCAUCUCUGUUAUUUUGCAUAUGUUCAGUAUCCCUGAGAAACCUUUCGCUCCAUCCAACAAGCUCAAAGUCACAGGGAAUGGAGAGUCUACCAGCCACUUGUCUUUCAGGCCUGUUGGUCACACGCCACCUUUACUAGAUGUGAUUGCAGAGGAGGAUGCUUCUGACAAGGACAACGAAUCCGAUCCUGAGGAAGUGGAAAUGGAUUUCCUUGCUGUGGAACGGGUGCGGAGUAAAAGUGAUUCAGUCUUAGCCAUGCCAGAUGCUACAAUAGAGUUGGAUCCCGACCUGCACCCAGACACACAACUUUUUCUGCCAGAGACGCAUCACUUUCUACGAGAGACUCAGGGAGAGCUACAAGAUGUUUUUAAGCCAUCUGACCACAGUAUUGGGUCCCCGUCUCCUACUGGUGGACUGCCUGACGUUACUGAUGGUAUAGCGAAGCGUAACGGUCCAACAAACGGUGCUAUUUCUGUCUCUCAAAACAGCUCUGGCUCACAGGACUCACAUCUGAAAACACAGCAGGUUAAGGCUGCCAAUGGUGUCCGUGCUAGUAUGUCCUCUGACCAGUCCAAUCCAAUGAAAGGCCAUGCUCCCAGUAGGAUGGCAAAUCGCCCCUCCAACUCCUCAGUUUCAUCACGACCACGCCAACCCACCUUCUACAGACAACCCUCCUUCACUUUCUCCUACUAUGGACGAGUGGGAUCACAGCGUUAUCGACUGCGGCGGACAGCACCUUCGAGCCCACCACCAAUCACCACCUCCCGCAGUUUGAACGAUCUGAGCGACCUCCAACAGCCUGCAGACCGGCGGGAGUUUCAGCUGUCAGUCAGCAGUCUGUCAUCUGUUGGCUCCAGCAGCGAGGGAGGACCUGGCAAGGGUACAACUGUUCGACUGCUCUGGUUAUCCAUGUUGAAGAUGCCGAGGCAGCUGUGGAGACUGUGUGUGUGUCACCUCCUCACAUGGUUCUCCAUUAUAGCCGAAGCUGUGUUUUAUACUGAUUUCAUGGGGCAAGUCAUCUACCACGGAGACCCUACGGCACCAGCAAAUUCCACAGAGCUACAAAACUACAACAGAGGAGUACAGAUGGGCUGCUGGGGACUUGUGGUCUAUGCUGCUACUGCAGCUGUCUGCUCUGCAAUCCUUCAGAAGUACCUGGAUAACUUUGAUCUGAGCAUUAAGGUUGUCUACAUUGUUGGAACUCUGGGAUUCUCAGUAGGAACCGCAGUCAUGGCAAUCUUCCCUAAUGUUUAUGUUGCCAUGGUGAUGAUAAGUAGCAUGGGCAUCAUCUCCAUGAGUAUCUCCUACUGUCCCUAUGCAUUACUCGGACAAUACCACGAAAUCAAAGAGUAUAUUCACCACAGUCCAGCAAACACCAGAAGAGGUUUUGGUAUCGACUGUGCUAUCUUAUCCUGCCAGGUCUAUAUCAGCCAGAUUUUGGUUGCGUCGGCCCUUGGAUCUGUAGUAGAAGCAGUCGGCAGUGUGCGUGUCAUCCCUGCAGUGGCCUCUGGUGGCUCCUUCCUUGGCUUCCUUACUGCCUUUUUCCUUGUCAUUUAUCCUGAUGUGGAAUCCAGCAGCUCAGAGCAGGACCAGGACUUGGUGGGUUCAUCAGAAGAUUCAGAGCCAAAUGAAGAAAGGACCAGUGACCAGAGGUUGGCUCUGCUGAACCUCACAGAUGGAAAUGGUCUGAAGGAGACAGAUAAUUCCUCUAUUGCCUGAGCAUUAAGAUGUGAAGUUUUUUUUAAUGGUUAUCUUCACUAAACACAAGCCACAGCAUAUAGGAAUUUACAAAUCUGUGCCUUUCUGAAAAAGAAAAAAUGGCGAAAGAGGGUGGGAGGAUUUGAAUAGAUUAUCUUCUUGGAGGGAUGACUCACAAAAAGAAACGUUCUCAGUUUUGGGUUGCACUCCUUGUCUUGUUGCUACCUCAAGCCUAAAACAAAUAUAUGUUUUUGUGAUUGGAUGCAGAAAAGCAAGCCUCGUAACAGUGAUUUAGUUAGGCUAUUAAAAUAAUUUAGUUCAGACUACUGAAACAAAUGUAAGCCUUUAUUGCUAAAUCAUAAAUGGGAAGCACACAGAGCACUUUCUGUCUCAUUUCACACUGAUGCUGCAGAAUAAUGUAAUGUUUGGCAUUUUACUUAAUAGAAGCUGCUCCGUAACUGCUUAAUGGACAAUCACUUUGCUGCAAAAGUGUUAGUUUGUGUACCUCCACGUUGCUUGUAGACUGAACACAAGUGUACUUAUUUGUACCAGACUGUUAGUGGACUAUUGUGAUAAUAUAUUGCUAUUUUAUAAAUGCCAGACAGUUUCUAAACUACAGAUAAUGCCUUCUACAUUUGUUGGAGAGUUCACAAAAUAUUUUAUUCAUAAAAAAAAAUCCAAUCACAUUUUUAUUCACAUGUGAUGUUACCUGUUAAGCUAGUGUGUGAUUAGAAGUGCCCAUUUAUGGUGAUUUGCCUAUACAGAAACACAAAACUUCUGAAUGCCAUAUUCUUCUUCAUUGCCAGAAUUUAUACUGUAAAUGGUAUCAUUCUCAAAUUUGAGCUCAAGUGGUUUUGGGUUUUAGUGUGAUUUGUAUUGCAGGUUUGCAUUCAUUUAGCUUUUCUACUGAAUUACUUUUAAAAGGGUUUUAAAAUAUACAUUCCAAAUACAGGUGAAAUCAGAAAUGACUUGGUGAUGAGCUUCAUCAGGGGACGUUUGUCCAGUCAGUCAAAAAAAAAAAAGAAGAAAAAGGAUAGAAAUGCUUUCAGUGGUAAAGGGAUUGCUGUUUCCGUUUGUACUUUGUAUUGGAAGCCAAACCACCUUAACUCCCAGUAGUUUAGUGUGCCGUUCUGAGCAUUGGACAUCCGUAAAUCUGCCAGGUUUACCUUUCAGUUUACCUCUGAAUAACAAAUAUGAGAGGUAGCAAAGGGACUGUGAAGGAUUAUUGUGAUCAUUGACCAGCAUGCAUGUUAAUGUUUAGCAUUUAGUCCCCACCACACUUUAACAUUCUAGUAGUGUCACAAACCUACAGUUUACAGUACACACUUAGGACAAUUUCUCCUUUCUGUGUGUGUGACAGCCGGGUGUGUGCUAUUGUGUUCAUUGGGAAUUGUUCUGGGCCUGUUUUGUUUUUUUUGUUUGUUUU